ACGGGGCAACAGGUGGGGAAUAAAGGGGGUCAGAGGGGGACGAAGAAAGACAAAAAGUCAGGACCUGGCCGCGUAUGGAAGGACGUGCUGCUAAUUAGCCGCUAGAGUGUCAAAGUAUGUGCGGGAGCCAGAGUACAGCCCCAGCAACCCAGAGAGCCCAACCCAAAAAAGCAGGUGUGGCGCCCAGGUAACAAGGGACUACCGGCCCCACGCAGCAAGGCCGGCCAGCGACAGGAAGCCCAGAGCUGGGCGCACUGUGCCGCCCGAAAGGGCCAGCAGCAGGCCGUAGACAGACGCGCCCGGCAGAGGACAGACAUCCCCCAAGCCAGCGAGGGACCAAACCCCACGCGGGCAGAGAAGCGGGACGGGUCCAGCCCCCAAGCCCGAGGGGCCAAGUCGGUCGCCGCAGGACCGCCCAGCACGGGGCUACGGGAACCACCCACCCCACCUGCAGCCUUGAAUCCGCAACCGAUACUUAACAUCAUGGUGAUGGCAGACGAGUGAGGAGACCGCCUGUGUGUUCCUUUUGGUGUAAAACACACACACACACACACACACACACACACACACACACACACUUGCUCCAUGGAUUCCAACAAUGAUGACACUCUGGACAUCAUCAUCACCAAUGUGGUGGCAACGUUCAGAACCAGGUGUCACCUCAACCUGCGCACCAUCGCCUUAGAGGGCAUCAAUGUCAUCUACAAGCCCGAGGUGGGGAAAGUCCUAAUGAAACUUCGCAAGCCCAAGAUAACUGCCUCCAUCUGGUCGUCAGGGAAAAUUAUUUGCACGGGAGCAACAAGCGAGGAAGAGGCAAAGCUGGGCGCUCGCAGGCUGGCACGGUGUCUGCAGAAAAUCGGCUUCAAGGUGAAAUUCUCGGCCUUCAAGGUCGUGAAUGUGCUGGCGGUCUGCUCCAUGCCCUUUGCCAUCCACCUGGUUGACUUCACCAAGAAGAACCGGCCCAUUGCCAGCUAUGAGCCAGAGCUCCAUCCUGCAGCCACCUACAGGAUCAAACACAUCAAGGCCACCAUCCAGGUGUUCUCCACAGGCAGCGUCACAGUAACAGGACCAAAUGUGCAGACUGUGGCCACCGCUGUGGAGCAGGUGUACCCGCUCCUCUUUGAGUGCCAGAAGCCGCUCUGCAAAUGAGGGAAGGUAGACCGUGGAGGACGCUCCAAAAAUUCAGCGACGUGGUAGACUAUUUUUUAUUUUUUCAUCAGACCUGAACUGACAAACACAGGCUGGUUUUUUGAAACAUUCUUCUGGACUUACUGGACAUAUAACACUCCAGGAAAUUGAUUUGCUGCGAUGUGUUCUUGCUCCGCCCAUUCUGCCAAUCCCAGGAUGCUUGCUUGCAGCCCAUCCUUUUUUUGUCUUCCUGACUUCAUGUGAUGUGGACUGGACAACCCACUACUAGGAAAAGAGGCGGAGUCUAACCAGGGAUGGCAACCGUGUCCCUCAGUCAAGUCUGCCACCAAAGCUAAUUUUCUUCAUCCCCGGACACACUAUAACUAAUUAUUCAUGUUAGCCUUUCAGCUAUUUACUCAUCACUUCUCUACAGCAGAUGAGAACAUUAACCUGUUUGACAAGUUCAUUUCUUGUACAUUACUACACUGUAAAUUGUAAAUAUUUCAACUGUUUUUUAAUUCUAGGAUUGGGCAGUAUGUAUAAAACAAGAAUUGUUGCAAGUCAUUAAGGUUUACCCUGUACAAGCUUGUAUGAGAUGUUUUGGUUCAAGUGGUGCUAACAAAAAACAUGAAGACACAUAAUUACUGCUAAAGCAAAUACCUGAACUCACUGAACUUUACCCAUACCACAUUGUAAUGCUUUAACAUACAAACCUUGUUCAAGUGUUACAUUUUAAAUGGAAACCGAGCUCUGAUGGUGAGUGACCACUUCUAGACACUUGCUGACUAUUUUGUAUUUUGUAUAAAAAUAAAGACUAAUAAUAAGUCA